UUGCAGGUUUUCUACAAAUAUCGGAAUUUAAGGGUAUUCCUUGGAUGGAGGCUUCGUUUGUAGAGUCGUUGAAUGUAUUUGACUGCAAAUGGAUUUUCAUUAUUAUUAUAGUGACUGCACUUAGGUUUUAUUUCAAAGGCGCUCAAUUCAGAGAACGCAAUACGGCGAAAGGCUUAGUAGCGGUUGUAACAGGCUGUAAUUGUGGUAUAGGAAGAGAGAUUGUGCGAGAACUAAAUCUCCGUGGAGCGAAGGUGUACAUGUUGUGUCGUAGUGAGGAACGAGCUCAGAAUGCUGUUAUUCAGCUUGUUAAGCUAGGUUGUAAUCCGCGCCGACUAUUAGUCAAAGUGGUUGACCUUGCUCGGUUUAAAUCAGUCAAGGUAGCGGCAGCAGAAAUCAGAGAAGAAGAAGAUCAUUUGGAUAUUUUAAUCAAUAAUGCUGGUAUUAUGUUGUAUCCAAAGUUUAAGUUGACCGAUGAUGGUCAUGAACUAGUCUGGCAAACGAACUAUCUCGGACAUUUCUUACUCACUGAAUUACUGCUACCUCUUCUUCGAGCUGCUCCUACUGCACGUGUUAUCAAUGUUUCUGCAUUAGCCCAUUUCUAUGCAGAUCCUAUUGAUUUGCAACUCAUUGAUCGUAGAGAAGGUUGGGAUUCGCGACAAUCAUAUUCUAAGUCGAAACUUGCUAUGGUUAUGCAUGCGUUUGAAUUGACUAGACGAUUACGAGCAUGUGAAGGGUCACACGUAACGAUAAAUGUUUGCCAUCCUGGACUAUGCAAUACACGACUUAUGCGCUAUACACCACUAGCACGAAAACCGCUGAACUAUCUCACUGCACCAUUCAGAUGGUAUUUGCUGAAAACUCCGAAAGAUGGAGCCCAAACCCCACUUUUUUUGGCUUUAUCGAAAACUGUAAUCGGUUCUUCAGGACUCUACUACAGUGAAUGCGCACCAAAAUCAUUCAUUGAAAUGGUGGAUUGGGCGAGAAAAUGUGCCGAGCUGUAUGAUUAUUCGUUGCAUGCUGUCGGUUUUGAUGUAAGAGAUUGA